UUGGGGUGGUGGGUUGACAGACUGUGGACAGCCCUGCUUAGGGGUACUGUGGUGUGAACCAAGAUGGCAGCAAGAACCAGUCCACCUGACCCCGGUGUCCACAGCUAAGAGUGGAGUGAGUAGCAAGAGUCGAAAGAGAAUCAUGCCUGACCCCGUGACCGAGCCUCCCGUGAUGGACCCCGUUUAUGAAGCUCUUUUGUACUGCAACAUCCCCAGUGUGGCUGAGCGCAGCAUGGAAGGUCACGCCCCGCAUCAGUUUAAGCUGGUCUCGGUGCACGUGUUCAUUCGACACGGGGACAGGUACCCGCUGUAUGUCAUUCCCAAAACGAAGCGACCAGAAAUUGACUGCACUCUGGUGGCUAACAGGAAACCGUAUCACCCAAAACUGGAAGCUUUCGUUAGUCACAUGUCAAAAGGAUCUGGAGCCUCUUUCGAAAGCCCCCUGCACUCUCUGCCUCUUUACCCCAAUCACCCGUUGUGUGAGAUGGGAGAGCUCACGCAGACAGGAGUCGUGCAGCAUUUGCAGAAUGGCCAGCUGCUGAGGGACAUCUAUCUAAAGAAACACAGACUCCUGCCGAAUAACUGGUCCACAGACCAACUUUACUUGGAGACCACUGGGAAAAGCCGGACUCUCCAGAGUGGGCUGGCCUUGCUUUAUGGCUUUCUCCCUGAUUUUGACUGGAAGAAGAUUCAUUUUAGGCACCAGCCAAGUGCUCUCUUCUGCUCCGGAAACUGCUAUUGCCCCCUGAGAAACCAAUAUCUGGAAAAGGAACAGCGUCGGCAGUACCUCUUACGUUUGAAAAACAGCCAGCUGGAGAGGACCUAUGAGGACAUGGCCAGGAUCGUGGAUGUCCCCACCAAACAGCUCCGAGCAGCCAACCCCAUAGACUCCAUGCUCUGCCACUUCUGCCACAAUGUCAGCUUCCCGUGCACCAGAAAUGGCUGUAUUGACAUGGAGCACUUCAAGGUGAUCAAGACACAUCAGAUUGAGGACGAGAGAGAGAGGCGGGAGAAGAAACUGUAUGUGGGCUAUGCCCUCCUGGGCGCCCACCCCAUCCUCAAUCAGACCAUCACCCGGAUGCAGCGUGCCGCGGAGGGCAGGAAAGAAGAGGUCUUUGCCCUCUACUCUGCUCACGAUGUCACUCUGUCACCAGUUCUCAGUGCCUUGGGCCUUACGGAAGCCAGAUUCCCAAGGUUUGCAGCCAGGUUGAUUUUUGAGCUCUGGCAAGACAGAGAAAAGCCCAGUGAGCAUUCUGUCCGGAUUCUUUAUAAUGGCGUUGAUGUCACGUUCCACACCUCUUUUUGCCAGGACCACCACAAGCAUUCUUCCAAGUCCAUGUGCCCCCUCGAAAACUUAGUCCGCUUUGUCAAAAGGGACAUGUUUGUGGCCCUGGGGAGUAGUACUAGUACUAAUUAUUAUGAUGCGUGUCACAGGGAAGGAUUCUAAAAGGUGAGCAGUACCAUGCUUCUAGAAUCUAUGCCAGUACAGAGGGAUGGGAGGGGUCUGCUUCUAGUGCUAUCUGUUGCCAAGGGUAUAAGAUUAUUGAUUUAUAAAGGCUAGAAAUGUUUGAGAGCCACAUAGAUGGUUGGGUUAAACAGGAAGCACGUUGGUAUAACUGGGUACACAAAUAGACACAAUUAGGUACGAUUGGGUACGUACUGGCCAGUUCACAGAGAAAGGGAAGGUACUUUUAUCAGAGCCAGACUUUGCUUACAACACCAGAAUAAUAAUUCAAUACUCAAAGUUGCCAAUCCACACAUGAAUUAUUUUGAUCCGCCAUGGUACUAUGUGAUGGAACCAGCAAACCUCAGUCCAAAUUUUCUUCAUCUGGGAUGAUUUUACCUUGUCCCACUUCAAUGAAACAUUUCCUGAAAUGAUUUAUCUGAAAUGGGGACCAGAAAAUUUUUCCUGUACAGGGCCAGACAGUAAAGAUUUUAGACUUUGAGGACCCAAAGGCCACAUACAGUCAUAACUAUUCAACUCUGCUCUUAUAAGGUGAAAGCAACCACAGACAGCACGUAACCAAAUGAGUGUGGUUAUGUUCAUGGGCUGCAGUGUGCUGACCCCUGAUCUCAGAAAACAGGCUGUUCUACAGUUGGCACUUUCAGUGCGUUAAGAACCAGUGGAAGGCAAAGAAUUAUUCAGUGGUGCCCCCAGUAACCUCCCCUAGAAGCACCGAAUUUGGUCUGUAUUUGGUGUUAUGACAAAACUUGAGGGGAAAUAAACAUUGAAUCUGAAUGAAUCCUAGAAAAAUUAUUAGAAUAAUACUUGAUGUUCAUGAUGAUUGUGGUAGAAGAUAGUUUUAAGUAUGUUUUAAAUAUUUGUCUGCUGUAGUCUAUUUGCUGUAUAUGCUGAGAUUUUUGUAUGCCAUUUAGUAUUUUUAUAGUCUGGGAAAAUAUUUUCUAAGGCCAGUUUUAAAUGUGCUCUUAUUCCUAUGUAAUAUUCAGUUUCCUGCACCUGCUUGGUGGUUAGAAGGAAGCCAGAAGCUGAAUUCAGGCACUUUCUUCCAAUAAAACGAAUUAUGGCCCAUUCCCUUUCUAGAAUUAGAUCAGUUUUUAAACCAUUUUCAUCAAUUUCAAAUGGUAAAUUCUAAUUGAUUUUUAAAUAAGUUUUUGGAAGAACUUUGUUACUAGAUAGUUAAACAAUCUUUUUAAGGUAUUUUAUAUAUUAGAAGCAAUUAUAAUGAAAUCUGUGGUUUCUGAACUAAAAUGGUGCUAGUUCCUUGUGAGGAAAUGUAAAGUGCAGGUGAGACUUCCCUGUGUCGUUGGCAUUCCAAACUUUUCUUUGUUUUUGUCUAAUGUUGCCUUUGGAUACGUGCAUUUCUAUAAAUAAAUUUUUGAAGAAUUCUCGUACAUACAA